GUUACAGUUUGUUUUUCCGUCCAUUUCUGUUAAGUCGAAGAGGAGUGAUUGGAGUUCUGUGGCGGUGUAUGUGGAGGUGUGGAGGAGAUGGUUCCUUCAGCAGGAUGGACUGGAGGAAAGUCGUGUCCAGGUUCGUCUCCUGUUGUCUGUUACUGGCCCUGCCUGUGUCUGCAGAGGUCUCUGAGGAUGGAUUCUUGAAUACUCUACAGAGUGCAGCUCUCCUCUCUUGUUCAGAGGGCUUUACAGAGCUGGGCUACUACAAUGGCACAGUGUCUCACACAGAUGCAGGCUCCCCCUGCCUUAAGUGGACUGAUUUCCCAGACUAUAUGCAGCAGUACCCAGGCCGAGGCCUGGGGGAUCACAGCUUCUGCCGAAACCCAGACAGAGAGGCCAACCCCUGGUGCUUCUUCAGGCAGAGCUCUGGUGCCAUUGGCUGGGCGUACUGCGACUGCCACCAGGGUGCAGCCAGAUUGGUGGGGGGGCCAUCAGGCAAUAGCGGGCGUCUGGAGGUGUACCUGAAUGGCCAAUGGGGGGCAGUAUGUGACACACACUGGACUGACCGUGAUGCCAGUGUCAUAUGCAGACAGCUUGGACUGGGUGAGAUUGGUACAGCCCUGCAGCAUUCUUACUUCGGUCCUGGUUCCAUUUUCCACUAUGAGUGUCUGGGUUGCCGUGGUAAUGAGAAUUCCCUGCUGGAGUGCCGGAAUAGGAAAUUUAUAACUGGUGACUGUAACCAUGGAAACGAAGCAGGGCUAAUUUGUGCUGAACCUGAAGGCACUGGAAUCCCUGUAAGAUUGGUUGGAGGACUUGAGAACUUUGAGGGCCGUGUGGAGGUGUACCAUAAUGGCAGGUGGGGAACCAUUUGUGAUGACCAGUGGGAUGACACUAAUGCUGAGGUGGUGUGCCGACAGUUGGGCCUAGGAGGUGUGGCCAAGGCAUGGACAUGGGCCCACUUUGGCCAGGGUUCUGGUCCCAUCUUCUUGGAUGGGAUUCGGUGUACAGGCAAUGAGCUCUCUCUGGAGGAGUGUCCUCAUAACAACUGGGAGCAACACAACUGUGACCACAUGGAAGACGCUGGGGUCUCCUGCAACCCAUACACAGAUGGUGCAGUCCGUCUGGUGGGGGCAGACAGUCCCUGGCAGGGCCGUGUGGAGAUUUACCAUCAGGGAGAAUGGGGCACUGUGUGUGAUGACAACUGGACCGAGCUCAACGCCCAGGUAGUGUGUAGACAGCUGGGCUUCAGGGGCCGAGCAGAAGUGGCUCCUGAUGGGGUUUAUGAAGAAGGUCAAGAACUGAUCCUGCUGGACGAGGUACAGUGUCUGGGAACAGAGGCUUCUCUACUGGCCUGCACCCAUUCUGAGUGGCGUCAACACGACUGCUCCCACAGUGAGGAUGUAGGUGUCCGCUGUGACAGGGACGGUGAUACAAAUGAGAUACCACGCCUUUUGCCUCCUAUUGGACCUCUGGUGCGUUUGGUUGCUGGAGAGAGCAGGAAGGAGGGCAGAGUGGAGGUUUUCAUUAAUGGCCAGUGGGGAAGCGUAUGUGAUGAUGGCUGGAAUGAUGUAAAUGCAGCUGUAGUGUGCAAACAGCUGGGAUUCACUGGUGUGGCUAAAGCUCGAUCCAUGGCGUACUUUGGUGAGGGUCGAGGUCCCAUUCAUCUGGACAACGUUCGAUGCUCUGGUAAUGAAUCGUCUUUAGGCCAGUGUGCUGCUGUGGGUAAAGAUGGCCAUGAUUGUCGCCACAGUGAGGAUGCUGGUGUUAUCUGUGAUUACACGCUGGAUCCUAUGGGAGACAGCACCCUGGCAAUGCAUACCUGUGGCCUGAGACUCAACAACCAGCGCCGUCGACGUAGGAUCAUAGGAGGAGAUAAGUCACUGAGGGGUGAGUGGCCCUGGCAGGUGUCUUUGUGGCUCAGGUCUCAGUCUAGAGGCAAUCAUCCUCUGUGUGGAGCAUCCCUCAUAAACCCCUGCUGGGUAGUGACUGCUGCCCACUGCUUCAAGAGGUUUGGCAAAGACCCAAGUCGCUAUGUGUUGCGCCUGGGUGACUAUCACACUGAGGAGCAGGACGACUUUGAACGUACCUUGUCACCUGAACGCAUCGUUAUCCACAGAAAGUACCACAGUCAGGGGUGGGAGUACGACAUCGCCCUUCUGCGGCUCAAAGGCACAGAGGGUAACUGUGUGUCAUUCAACCCUCACACUGGUGCAGUGUGUCUGCCAGAGCCAGGCAACAAGUGGGAGAAGAGGCCUGCUGCCUGUGUGAUCACUGGCUGGGGCAUCACAGACUCAGAGUACUCCCGCACUCUGCUACAGGCUUGGGUUCCCCUGCUUCCUGCUUGGAAGUGUAAGAAGCGAUAUGGCGGACGCUUCACCAGCCGCAUGCUGUGUGCCGGGAGCCUAUCAGAGCACAACCGUGUGGACAGUUGUCAGGGUGACAGCGGGGGUCCUCUGGUUUGCCAGGGGGAGGGGGGCCGAUGGGAACUGACAGGAAUCAUCUCCUGGGGUCAUGGCUGUGGUAACCCCUCUUUCCCUGGGGUGUACACACGGGUUAGCAGGUUCCUGCGAUGGAUUGACAAAGUCAUCAACAAACCCUACAAAAACUGAUGAUGGAGAAGAACACUAGCAGGAAUAGUAGCAGUUGGUGUUUGCCUACUGGCCUUUGUGUCUGUGUCGUGCUUCCUGGACUCCUACACCAAGAAUUCAGUCUUCUGUUUCUUUAUCCCCAUCACUUAAAAAAGCAUGUAAUUGGCAUUAUAGUGUAUAUUAUUUGCAUGGUGUGGACUAAUGCCAGAUUGCUCUACAGUAAGAAUACAUGUGUUGUGCCAUACUGUGAUGCAGAUUCUACAUAAGUAAAAGGGUGUUUACUGAUGACGAGUUGUACAUCUGAUGCUCCGCUAAUCAGCCGUAUAUGCCUGUUUCUUGCUCCUGUUCAUUUAACCAGUUGGUUAUUCUAACCGACUGCUUAUAUAAUUGCAAUAGACAAGCAAGUGAAUAAUGGCAAUCCCUUUCUGUGUGGGCAUUCAAGUAUAGGGUUCUGUGCAUUCUGGGUUCAAACAGACAAGUUUGUGCAAAGUUUCAUCUGAACAUGUCUGCAGACUUUUCACAACUCCUUCAAGUGGCUUCUUGAGAGUCUGCUAUUGUAGUGGGUGGUAAGAAGUGAUGAACAGUGCACACUUUCAAACAGUCUCUCCUCAGAGACUUUCAUGGUGCUGUACUCAGCUGUUCACAAGGAAAGUGAUGAAAGUUCUUGUGUGAGAGAAAGUUCAAAUUCUGCAAGUCUGCACACCUGGCCGAUCACUACAUGAAAGUCACAUGAUCGUCCAACAAUCAGAAAGUUACAGAAAUAGGGUUUCAAAAAUCUGAGAAGCAUACUUUAGCAGUGCUUCCUUCCUGCCACUGGUGACAAACAAGGUUGCACUGCUGUACAAUAAUAGCCUUCAUGUAGUUUGCCAGUUGAAAGCUUUUCAUGUGGAGCAGCAGCAAAACAAAUUUCAGUUUUACUCAAUAAUUACAGCUCUAGUACAGCUAUAGGAGAGCUGAUCAGUAACCAACCAGGCCUCUGUUUGUUGGAUGAAAGAAUCAACAGGAACAUAUUAGUGAAACACCACUUUCAACUAGCUUGAGUCCUCUGCUGUGUGGCUGCAGUGGAAAUGAGUAUGAUUAUGGCUGGCCAUUAGAGGUUUUCAUGGGUUCAACACUGGCAGUAGCAUGAUGUUCCACCAAUUAAGCUCAAACUAGACUGUAACUCUGCCAUUUUUCCAUGUAUGGUGCAAAAUGUUUGACCCAAGGACCGUAGGUGCUCGCUGGACAUUUGCAAACAAGUCCACCUAUGGAGACACCCAGUGUAGUUUACCUAGAGCCACGUGCACUUCCACUUAGGUAUUAGACAUAUUUACAUACAUUAUAGCGGGACCCUACCUACCUAAAAAGCUGAAUGACAUUGUACUAAAAUGCAUGCCUUACAAUCACACUUGCUCACCUGUAAAUGAGAAGCUCAUACAGGCCAGAGCCAAGUCAGAGAUAGAAUGACAGUGAUGGGGGAAAAAACUAAAAUCUUUAAAUAAUGUGUCUUUCAAUAAUACAUUUGUCUUUUAUUUUUAUUUAUUUCAUCAUCAUUCCAACUGUGUAUCUCUUAACAGAAACCACAGGUCAUUAUUCAUUAUUAUUCUAACCGUGCUUGUUGACACAUUUCUUUUGCUAAGAUUUAACUUAUUACAGGUCUACAAAAUAACAUUUACUGUCAACUACCAGACAGUUAAAAAUGUAAAAAGUUGCAAGUUCAUUGACACGGUGUCCACACAUGGCUCACAGAGGCUUAUAACCAUGACUGGAAUACCAGUGGAACAAAGCAACUGCCCUGGGGCCCCAGACCCCUAGGGGCCUGCCAAAAAAAAGGUUUACUGGUUGGCAGUUGGUUUGUGGUAAUUUGAUUAACUGUAACUGUGUUUGGGAAUGUGGGAAAAUACAUAAUAUUAACUGAUAUGAUAAUGGCCUAAAGUUGGAUGUUGCUUUAUCAUCUGAUCUUUAAGCCCUGUGUGAAAAUCUAGAUUUAAAACAUUUUAAUUUCAUCUGAUACUGCACUUACAUGCUGCAUAGUAUUUAUUUUUGAGUACUGUACACAAUGCACAGAGAUUGUGAAGAACAUGUUAAUGCAGCCAAGCUUACAACAGAAUGAAGUACAUUUGACAUUAAAAAUGAAGCAUUCUCUCAGGCAGUUGUCGCUGUACUUGUAUAUAUGGCUCAUCAGUAUUAUUAAUUCAAUUCAAUUUUGUUAAGCUGCAUUUAUCUAAGUAGUGUUAAUUCUAUCAUGGUCACAUUCCACUUUGCGAAUAGAGAAAUGCAAAUAUUGAUGUAAGCAACCAUGCUCCUGUGACAUUAAUGUGCCUCAGCAACAGAACAUGUAUUCAACCAUUAAACUCUAAACAGAGACUGGUUGUCUAGUCCCUGUUAAACUAAAAAUGAGAUGCCAGUCAAUAAAUGUCUCAAAGCAAA